UAUAAAUUGCUAACACACAGAGAUGAAAAAGAGAGGGGAAAAACGACAGAAAGAGCGAAGACUUUCCUUCUUUUCGUCGCUAUAGUGCGCCUGUCGCCGUUUCCACACUUACUAUACUGCGCAUGUCUCUGUGUCCAUACCUACUAUAUUGCGCCUAUCUCUGUCUUGGCGAUCGCUUCGCCGUCUAAAUCUAAUGUCCGAUUUUGUACGUCUCCUUCACACGUUUAAACAAGACCUCGUCUCUAUGUGCAAAUCCAAAAUGGGCGUCAAUGCUUCCGAGCCAACCCGAUCACGAUCACGCCCAAGCCAAUCUCAGGGAAGUCACCACCACUCGUCAAGAAGAUCUCCGUCAACAACAAGCACAACAGGAACUAGCUCGAGCUCUAACUCUAACAAAACCGCCGCUUCCUCCUCCUCCUCAGCCGCGAGUCGAACAUCCCUCGCUAGUCUCCGCGAAUCCUUACCGGAGAACCCCCACAUCUACGACGUCUCCGAGAUUCGCGCCGCCACCAACAACUUCCUCGCAAACCGCUUAUCCUCCUCCUCCUCCUCCUCUUCCUCCAAAGCCUCGUGGCGAUGCAAUUUGCGCGGGAAAGAGGUGGUCGUCUUCCAGAGAAAGUUCAGGCGGAGAAUCGCCAAAGACGAGCUCAGAGAUCGCCUCUCCGAUAUCUGCCGGAGCCACCACGGGAGCAUCGUCAACCUGCUCGGCGCUUCCGUCUCCGGAGGAAGCGAUCACAUCUACCUAGUCUACGAGUACGUCAACGGAGCCUCCCUCGCUGAUUGUUUGAGAAACCAAAAAAACCCUAAUUUCACCGUGCUGUCGAGUUGGGCCUCGAGGAUCCAAAUCGCGACUGAUCUGGCCCACGGGCUUGACUACAUCCACAACAAGACGGGAUUAAAGAUGGAGAAUCUCGUUCAUAACCACAUCAAGAGCUCGGCGAUGAUCGUUACGGAGCCGGACUACAACGCAAGGAUCUGCCACUUCGGGACCGCGCAGCUGUGCGGGGAGACGAACGAAACGGAGACGACGACGGAGAGAGUCGGAUCGAUGAGGUUCGAAGGAGUGAGAGGAUACAUGUCGCCGGAGUUUCAGGCCACCGGGGUCGCCACUCGGGAAUCCGACGUGUUCGCGUUCGGUGUCGUGAUGCUCGAGCUUCUCUCCGGGGAGGAGCCGCUGAAGUAUCGGUACGAUAAAGCCACCGGAGAUUUUGAGCGGACUUCGGUGAUCGAAACCGCGAAAGCGGUGGUGAUCGACGGAGGAGAUACGGAGGGGAGGUUGAGGAGAUGGAUUGAUCGGAGACUAGGGGAUUCGUUUCCGGUGACGGUGGUGGAGAAGCUGACGCGGCUGGCGUUGGAAUGCGUGGUGGAGGAUCCGGUGAAUCGGCCGGAGAUGGGAAGAGUCGCCGGGAAGAUAUCGCAGCUGUAUUUAGAAUCGGAGAAGUGGGCGACGAACAUGAAACGGCCAACGGAUAUAACCGUCUCCUACGCUCCCAGAUGAGGAAAUGAAAUGAAAUCUCAAUUCUUUAUUUUAUUUUAUUUAUUUAUCGUUUUCUUUCGUAAUUUGUACAUUCAUAGUUUCAGACAAUUGAAGAUUUGAUUUGGUCAUGUGGGACAUGAAAACUAUAUGAUAUGAGGAAUGCUAAGAACUUAAUUUAAUUCAUAUCU